AUGUGCACGUUUUCUACCAUAAUAUAUUUCAUUCGAAUCGAUUUUUUUCCUCUAAAUUGGAAUCAUUCUAUAAAUCUAUCGAAUACUACUGUUGAAGAUCGCAUCGAUCUUAAUGUUGUUACCAAUGAUUCUUUUCAAUGUGUUAAAACAAAAUUACUGCUAAAUAAAUAUCAUACGACAGUUUGCGUGCAUGACGUAAGAAAAGAUACAGAUGUUAGCGGUUUCAUCGUCAGAACUGGCAUAUGGGAAGAAACAUUAGUUACACGUAUCAUUCGGAUUCUUUCUGCGCAUCGUCAGUUAGCAUUUAUUGAUGUUGGUGCGAAUAUUGGCAUUUAUACAAUGUAUGCUGCAGCAUUAGGUUGCAAGAAUGUGAUUGCUAUCGAAUGUUUUCGUCCUAAUAUAGAGCGAAUUCGUCGAGCCAUUCAACUUGAAAAAGCCGAACAUCAAGUUAUAAUUAUGGCUCGGGCACUUUAUAAUAAAUCAAACACUUACAUAUCAUUACGAACCAAUAUUCAAAAUAAUAUAGGUUCACAACAAUUGAAUAUCGAAACAUUGAAGAAUGAGAAUGACUCUCUUGUGGUUCAAUCAAUGCGCUUCGACGAUUUGUUGCCUCUUGUCAAAGAACGAAAUAUUCGAGAAGCAAUUAUUAAAAUUGAUAUCGAAACAUCUGAACAGUAUUUAUGUGAAACAGGUGAACAGAUGUUCAAUCAAAUAAAUGUGCCAUUCGUUAUGAUGGAAUGGGCAAAUAUUAAAGAAAUACCUGCAAGAGCUAAUUUAAUUGAAAAAUUUUUCACUGACCGUGGUUAUAUUUCAUUCAAUUCAGAAACAUGCGAACCACAAACUGAAAAAAACUACAGACACUGGCAUACACAAGAUAUUUUUUGGAUAAAACAGACUUACACACAUCUAUGCAAAUUAUAG